AUGAUGAAAGAUUUUGAAUAUGUGAUGCAAGUUCUUCCAAUAUUUUUAAGGGAGGCUGUUGAUUACUGUUCUGAAAAUCAACAUCCUUUAGAUGGGAGUGAAGAGAUCUUUAAGCUGGAUGAAGUCUUCUUCUCUAUACCUCGGAGUGAGAUUUGGACGAUUGGUACUGAGACUGAGAUGUUUGAAUCAGUUUUAGAUAAUUGGUCAAGAAUGUUGAAUAUUAAUGAACCCUGUCCUCGAAAAAAGUUUUACUUUACUUCUUCUCAGAGUGCUGCAUUAUUCAAUGUGUUUGAAGAUGAAAAUGAUGCUAAACGCAUUGAUGAUUUGAUCUCAUGCUGGAAGUUUCAAAUUCAAGAUUUGAAUAACAUAAAAAAAUUGGAUGCUACUGUUGAAUUGGUGAGACAAAUUCUGUUUUUGAAAUUAUGA